AUGUGUGAAGCCCUACGCCAACUCCAGCAAUGUAAAAGAGCCCAAGAUGUGCGGGUACGAGUGCUCCCCGAGGUUCGAGGCCGCCUGGGAGGCUCCGUGGAGUUACCGUGUCACCUGCUCCCGCCCACGACGGAGCGCGUCUCUCAGGUGACCUGGCAGCGCCUGGAUGCCACAGUGGUGGCCGCCUUCCACCCUUCCUUCGGCGUGGACUUCCCCAAUACUCAGUUCAACAAGGAGCGCCUGUCCUUUGUCAGAGCCAAUCAGGAGACAAAUGCGGACCUGCGGGACGCCACGCUGGCCUUCCGGGGACUGAGGGUGGAGGACGAGGGCAAUUAUACCUGCGAGUUUGCCACCUUUCCCAAUGGUACCCGCAGGGGGGUGACUUGGCUCAGAGUCAUAGCCCAACCUGAGAAUCAUGCUGAAGCCCAGGAGGUCACGAUUGGCCCCGAGUCCAUGCCUGUUGCCCGCUGUGUGUCCACGGGAGGCCGCCCCCCUGCCCGCAUCACCUGGAUCUCAUCUCUCGGUGGAGAGGCCAGAGAUGUUCAGGAGCCGGGGCCUCAGACUGGCACCGUCACCGUCACCAGCCGAUACUCCCUGGUGCCGGUGGGUCGAGCGGAUGGCGUCAAGGUCACGUGCAGAGUGGAACACGAGAGCUUGGAGGAGCCGCACCUGCUGCCGGUGACCCUCUCCGUGCGCUACCCUCCCGAAGUGUCCAUCUCUGGCUAUGACGACAACUGGUACCUCGGUCGCAGUGAAGCCAUCCUGACCUGUGAUGUACGCAGCAACCCAGAGCCCACAGGCUACGACUGGAGCACGACCUCGGGCGUCUUCCCAGCCUCUGCGGUCGUCCAGGGUUCUCAGCUGCUUGUCCACUCUGUGGAUCGAAUGGUCAACACUACCUUCAUCUGUACAGCCACCAAUGCUGUGGGGACAGGCCGUGCUGAGCAGGUCAUCCUGGUCCGAGUGAGAUGCUGUUACAAAGAAAGACAGCCCAAAGUUCAGCGAGAGAAGGGGAUGAGCAAACAGGCUGAGAACGUGGUGGAAGAAGGGUCUGAUGACAGCUGUAAAACUUGGUCCGUGGGAGCAGACAAGACUGUCGGAGCACUGGAAGGACCUUCCUCCUAUAAGCCACCGACCCCCAAGGCCAAGCUGGAGGAACCAGAGAUGCCCUCCCAACUCUUCACUCUGGGGGCCUCGGAGCAUAGCCCAGUGAAGACGCCAUAUUUCGACGCUGGUGUCUCUUGUGCUGAUCAGGACAUGCCUCGGUAUCACGAGCUGCCCACCCUGGAAGAUCGGUCAGGGCCCCUGCUUUUGGGGGCCACAGGCCUGGGCCCUUCUCUUCUGGUAUCUCCAGGACCCCCUGUUGUGGAAGGGGUCUCCCUGGGUCUUGAAGAUGAGGAGGAGGAUGAGGAGGAGGAAGACUUCCUGGAUAAAAUCAACCCUAUUUAUGAUGCCCUGUCCUACCCCAACCCCUCGGAUUCCUACCAAGGCAAAGACUUUUUCGCGAGGGCCAUGUAUGUGUAA